AUGAGCCCCCCUAUUACAAGCAGCGAAAGUGCCGAAGAUGAUCCGUGGAGCUCGGAGGUUGCGGAGGUUAUGGAGGUUACAGAGGCGGGGUUGAAAGUCCGAGGAAUAUUGGCAAUGGUGUUUAUGAGGUCACCAAUGCAAUGGACUAAAGCCGAGGUGGAGUCAAAGUCCGAGGUAGGAACUAUGAUGGAGUCUUGGAGCGAAGGUACAAGCAGUGUCCAAGUACAAGAAGAGGGCCAGAGGGAAGAGGAAAGGGGAAAGGAGUGGAGGAGAGGAAAGGUGUCAGGUCUGAAGUCACCUUCCAUUCUUAGCACAACUAUCCUCUUUACCAUUCAGUCGGCUAACCCCCCUUACCCAUUUCUUGUUCCCAUUCAUUUUCCGGCCUCUUACUCUGCCCUCCUUGGUCCGACACCUCGGUUCCCUGUUAAAGAUAUCGUUUGGGACCUUUCGGUACCUCUCGGUAUCAUUCGGCACCUUUCGGUGUUGUCCUAUUGUCAUUCGGACUUUGACUAA